UCCAUGCCGGUGGAGGAGCCUCACUCCUCGGAGCUGCCAUGGCGAAGAUCCGGGUGUCGUACGAGUAUUCGGAGGCCGAGGAUAAGAGCAUCCGUCUGGGCUUGUUCCUGAUCGCCUGCGGGAUCCUGAGCCUCUUCAUCCUCGGCUUCUGUUGGCUGAGCCCGACGCUGCAGAGCCUCCAGAGCAAACCGGCCAACUGCACGGUGGUGUCGGUGCUGCGUCCGGAGGAGAUGUUCGAGUGUGUGUUCACGUGUGGCGCCGACUGUAAAGGGACGUCGCUCUAUCCCUGUCUGCAGAUCUUCGUCAACAACUCGGAGUCCAACUCUGUGGCUCUGCUGCACUUCGACGAGCAGCAGCUGGUCCUGAACCCGAAGUGCUCGUACGUCCCUCCCUGUGAGCGGGACAACCAGAAGAACCGAGACAGCGUCCUGUGGUGGGAGGAUUACUUCACCAAGGAGGUCAGCAGCCAAUCCUUCACCUGCUUCUUCAACCAGCAGAGGAGGCCCGAUGACGUGCUGUGGCGUCGUUCCCAUGACACCAGCGUCCUGCUGCACUGCGUCCUGUGGCCCAUGGUGUCGCUGCUGCUGGGUACGCUCAUCGUGCUUCUCACGGUGUGCGCUCGUUCCCUCGCCGUUCGAGCCGAGGCGCUGCAGAAGAGGAAAUGCUCUUACGAGGUUUGCCAGGACCUGUCGGUCACAGCCUCAGAUCGCCGCGGCACCAAGGCCGGAGACCCCCUCUCGACAAACUCUGACGCUGAGCUGUCCUCGCCAUCAAGGACCCUGCCACUGUUUGCGGUGCCAGUGCGACGCCGCGACCGAGAACAUUAGGAAGGAACUGAAGGUUGUUUUAACGUCAUCAAGUCUUUUCUCUAAAGAUGCUGAUGAGCCGUUGGGCGACGUCAACGCCACCGACACCAAACCGCUGCUGUCUAGAGCGGUUUGCAUAAUCAGAAAACACGAGGUGAAGCUGGAAGGGUCGUUUCACCCUGUGGCCUGUAGAUGUCAGCAGAAUCACUUUAGAGAAACAUCUGCACUUUUUCUCUGAUUUUAACGAACUCGAUCGGCGUGGAAUCCGGACGCCACCGAGCCGAACCCUCCGAUUUUAAUCAGCAUUUCUUCUGUGGUAGCAUCAUCACUGAUGGUUAUUUAAAUAAGUUCUGAUCGACGAAACAAAGACAGGAAACAUGAGUCCGAUUCAAGUGUAAAGUUCGACAGGUGAAACUGGACUUUACUGACGUCUUAGCUGUAGCUCUUCUCUUAAACCAGUUUCCCAGUAGCCAUACAAGUGUUUGAAUAGAGCAAAGCCGGGUGUGUUACUCUAGAGUUUUUCAUGGAGGGUUUUAUUAAUGUUUCUGAACCUGAGACACAUGUUGCACCAACUUGUUUCUCCUCGAGCGCUUUCAGAGAAAAAUCCAAACUUUUCAGCCCAGUUCCUGUUUCACAGCCCGAAGCACAACACGUCCUGUUGCUUUCUGCUGUUUCCGUGGCAACCACCGACAUCCUCUUCUAAGUUUCAUCUCUUUAACUUUUUCACUUCAGUCUCCACGGCUUAACUUAUUCAUAUUUAAUUUGUCUUCAAGUUAGAAAUUUAAAAGAAGGGAAUUUAAGACAAAGAUUCGUGGCUAUGCUGAUACUGCCCCCACUGGUCAUGUGCUAUAUUGCAUCACCCUUGAUAAUUGUGUGUGGAGUUAAGCAAAUAUAUCAGAAGCAUAAAAAGCAUCUACAAAUUAUAUUAUUAUACUUAUAUACUGAUAUAAUUCUUUUGCUUAAAAGAAGCUACAAUCAAACUAUAUAAAUAUUAUAUAAACAAAUCUAAAACUCAAAUGAGCCACUUUUCCUCAGCUCACUACCGGCGGAUGAGACCAAAGUACAAAUAGGUUUAGUUCAAAUUACAAGAUGUUUAUCUCCAGCCAGUAAAUUAAAUAUAUGUUAAUUCAUUUAUUUAUGCUUCAAUUCUAGUUUGGCUUUUAUUACUAAAAGUGUAAAUAAAGAAAUCAGGGAGACAAAUUGUGCCUCCGAUCAGAAAGAGUAGCAGAAGUCAUGAAGAAGUGUUAAAUAAUAAUGUGUUAUCAGAUUCGUUGUAGCCGAGUCGGACCAAUGUACGGACUGUUCCUGCUGCAGUAACGUGUCAUAUUCUGUUUAUUACAUGUUCGUUCUUAAAUCUCAACCAAAGCACUUCAAAAUUAUUCUUGGAUUCAGUAGUUGAGUGAAUUUACUUUAGUACUUAACAGUUUUACAUCUAAACAACAAGAAGAGUGAAUUGAAUGGAAAAGGUUAAAGAAGGAGUAAAAAGUAAAGAGUCAUUUAAUGUUGAGAUAUUUUAAAAUCAACGAUUGGAUGUAAUUUUCAAUAAUUGAACUUGCUUUAUUAUUUAUUUAAGUAUUGAAAUCCAGUGCUGCCUCCUCCGAGGGCCCAUUAGUGGCUCCUGUUGCUCCUGGAACAUGCUGUCACAUGUCUUCAGGAAGGUUUUCUUCAAAUGUAGCACAAAUUUCAGCUGAUGAAAAGAGAAAUGAAAUAAUUAUCUCAGUUUUCUUUAAUUUUAAGGAUUUUUCUACUUCAGUUUUUUUUUAUUUUCCCUCAGCUGUGUUGUGUCCUAACCACAUUUUAACUUACAAGUAGAAUCCAGUAGAUUUCACCUCCUUGUGAGAUUGUCUGUCCUGAAACAAGCUGUAACUGGAUGAGAACAAAGAAAAACACGACUUGAUCUGAGGAUACUCGGGGAGCAGAUGUGUGAAAGUGUCGGUGUGAUGUCGAGAGACGAGUCUGACGCUGUGAUCAGAAACCGGCUCGACGCUGUGGAAGCUCUGUCAGACGAGUCGAGGCUCAGUGAACUCAGCGGAGGACGACACAUGGCCGCCGCCUCCAGGCCUCUUCAGACGCUGCCUUCGGCGGUAAUGAGGACAGAAUCUAGAGCAGCAGUAAAGUAGGCUGCUGUAGUGAAUCCCUCCAGAUGGUUCGUGGGCCUGCAUCCAUGUCAGAUCUGAUUCUAGUUCCCAACCCUCUUCAGACAUCCAGGAAACCCUCCUGCAUUAAAAACACAAGUUAGUAAGUGCACAGUGAACUAAGGAUAAAUAUAUGUAAUAAUAAUAAUGACUGUAUUUCUGUAGCACCUUUAAAAACAGAUUCUACCAAAUGCUUCACAAAGUGGAAAAAAUAAAACGAGAAAACUAAACAAGAAAAUCAAAGCCAACAAAUGAUAUCGUACAAAAUCUGGAAUAAAACACAACAAAUACAAUAAAACGUUAUUAAGACAGAAGAUAAAACAAUACAACAUAAUAAUGAUAAAUAAGGAGACCUGUCUUCUGUGUGGUGACCAGCAGGGGGCGACUCCACUGGUA